CAGAGAACAUUUUAAUGUUAAAUGGAGAUCAAAUUCAGGUCCCUGUUCUGCAUUAGCAGUUCAGAAGUACUGCUGGUCUAGAUCAGACUACAGAUCACCAGUUGUAUGAAAUACUUGUUCCAUCACUAGACAAUCAGUACAAAAGCAACAAAGUCCAUUGUUUCACCCCAGGACUUGAAGAAAGAUCUAACUCGGCACAGACCACUCGCUGAAGUAGUUGUUGGAAAAACUCAGCUUCAGAAACAAAUCUCGGAGGGUGAUGUUGAAGAUUCAAGUAUGAAUGAAGCUUAUUCGGAGAGCGUACCUCUGCAAUCCCAGGCAGACAUAGGUGAGCCUCCAGAACGCCCUGAGCAGUUUGAACCAUCCCGCUUCCAGGUGAAGACCCAAACUCACCAUCCAGAUCAUUCCCAGGCAGAAACUCUAGAUUAUCUUCCACAGCCCCCUGAUCAACAUCAACUCGAUUCUGAGGCAUCAAUGCAUCCUGAGAACAAUGAUCCAUUUCCAAACAGAAAUGAAGCUGAGCACUCAAACUGGCCAAAUGUCACAGCGAAACCCACAGAUCUUGAGAUUACAGUAACUUCAGAGGCAGAAAAAGAGGCCGAAGCCAUUUUGAGUCAGCAGCAGCGGGCUCCAGUCCAGCUUCCAGAGAGUCCUGAGGAGGUAGGACCCUCAUCAGUUCCACAAGAGGCCCCAGGUCAGACCUCAGAUUUUCCUGAAGACCUUGAAACUUCUGGAAGUCAGCUGGAAGUUCCAGCUCUGCCUACAAAGCUCCCUGAAGAAGUCAGUGCUCCCGUUGAGCAAGAGGCUUCAGUUUCAGGUCCAGAUUCCUCUAUACAGAAUACAGUCGAAACUCCAACAGCAGUUCAAACUCCCAGUCAGGAACAAGUUCACCAUUAUAGUUUUCCAACUAUUACAGUUAAUCCUGCAGAUGUGGAACGUACAGUAACUUCUGAGCCUUCUCCUAGUCAACAACAGCCACCAGUUAAACCUUCUGUCUCCUGAGGAAGUUGAAUCUUCUGAACAGUAUCUGGAGUUCCCAGUUCAGCCUCAAGACAAUGCUGAGGAAGUGGAGUCUUUUCCAACACUGCAGGAUGUUAUCCCAUCUCAACAUCCAGGCCCUCUUUUGGAGGAUGAACCUUUUAGUGAACUAGAGCAGCCAACUCAACCUUCUGAAUCUCCAGAGGAAGUGGAAUCAGGUUCUGGAAACCAGCCAGAAGCCUCAUUUCAGCCCGCAGAGCACCCUGAAGUAAUAAAA